AUGCAGACAAUUUGUUUAAGCACACAUUCAACAUUGUCGGGCCACUUCUCCACGGUGGUUAUGGCUCAAUAUAAUGAAAGAAUAGAGAAAACUGCGCUAUCUCCAGAGAAAUAUCGUAGUACCAACCCAUCAUCAGGCUAUUAUACCAACCCAUCAUCAGGCUAUGAUACCAACCCAUCAUCAGGCUAUGAUACCAACCCAUCAUCAGGCUAUGAUACCAACCCAUCAUCAGGCUAUGAUACCAACCCAUCAUCAGGCUAUGAUACCAACCCAUCAUCAGGCUAUGAUACCAACCCAUCAUCAGGCUAUGAUACCAACCCAUCAUCAGGCUAUGAUACCAACCCAUCAUCAGGCUAUGAUACCAACCCAUCAUCAGGCUAUGAUACCAACCCAUCAUCAGGCUAUGAUACCAACCCAUCAUCAGGCUAUGAUACCAACCCAUCAUCAGGCUAUGAUACCAACCCAUCAUCAGGCUAUGAUACCAACCCAUCAUCAGGCUAUGAUAUAUACACCCAUACACGCAUCAUCAAUUUUAAUAUGCUGAAGCCAAAUGAGGAGAACGAGAACCCAAAUCCAGAGAACAUGAAGCCAAAUAAAAGAAACAAGAAGUCAAAUGAGGUCACAGAGAAGCCAGAUGAGGGCAGUGAGAUGGUCCUCGAGAACAGCAAAAGGCCAAAUUAG